AUGGGCAAGAUUACUUUCUACGAGGACAGGAACUUCCAGGGUGGCUCCUAUGAGUGCAUGAGUGACUGCGCCGACAUGUCCUCUCACAUGAGCAGGUGCCACUCCUGCAAGGUCGAGAGUGGCUGCUUUGUGAUCUACGAUCGCACAAACUACAUGGGCAACCAGUACUUCCUGAAGAGUGGAGAGUACCCCGACUACAUGAACAUGAUGGGCAUGUGCAGUGGCAUCAGAUCCUGCCGCAUGAUCCCCAUGCACAAGGGCCAGUACAAGAUGAAGAUCUACGAGAGGGAGAACUUCGGUGGUCAGUCCAAUGAGAUGAUGGAGGACUGUGACAACAUCCAGGAUCGUUACAGCAUGUCCGACUGCCAGUCUUGCCACGUGAUGGACGGACACUGGCUGACGUACGAGCAGCCCCAGUACAGAGGCAGGAUGAUGUACAUGAGACCAGGAGAGUACAGGAGCUUCAAGGAUAUGGGAUAUGAUGGAGUUAGAUUCCACUCUUUCAGAAGAAUCAUGGAUUCCUGUUAA